AUGGAACCAGAGCAGGAAGAGACGUCGUCUCUACCAGGUCUACUGGCAGCGUUGGCAUCGGGUGCUCGGGCGGUUCACAGUUUGCCUCUGGAAGAUGAUUUUUCGUUCGAAGCGUCCUUUCCAGAAUUUGCCAAGUCGCUUACUGAGACUCAGGAGGAUUUGUUACAGACGCUGCUGGUAUCAUUGCAAUACACCAGUAGCGCCAAAGAGGGCAUUGACAAUGACAUUUUGGAUCCUGAUGGAUUUCAGGAUAUUCAAGAUCCACUGUUGUGGGAUGCUUGUGCCGAUGCCUGUGAGGAACUGUUGGAUCAAGUCGAAGCAUUUCUGCAGAGCAAGAGUACCAUUGUAGACGAUGACAACGUCGCUUUGGCCACUGGAAACUUGGCCAAUCUUGCCGGAAGGGCUCGUCAAAAGGCAAAGUCCAGUUUGGGGCGACUGGUGGAAUCGACAGUGGAGAUGGAAAAGCCGCAAGUCACCUACAGUCUCGUUGUGACAACACUCAAUGAUCGCAAGGAACCAUUCAUUCCCAAAAUUCACCCUGAAAAGCCAUUCUCCGUGGAGCCUUUGGAUAUGAGUCUUCAGUCAGGACAUGGACUCGAUACUCGCCAUGGUCCUCUCCGCAAAAAUGCACGUGUUCCACCCGAUGUCGUGGCUCCGUCACAACAUGUCCCACACCUUUACGAAAAGGAAAUCACAUCCUUUCAGUACACCCCGCAACAGUUGGAAGCGAGAAAACCAGAGGGAGAUAUUGCAACCCCUCCAUCACUGGAUGCCACAUGGGUUGAUACACCACAGGCUCUACAGGAAUUGUCCCAAAAACUAGAACAUGUCCAAGAGGUUGCCGUCGAUUUGGAACAUCAUUCCUACAGAUCCUUUGCAGGUUUGCUCUGUCUCAUGCAAAUUAGUUUUCGCAACCCCGGAAAUAACAACGACACCAUGGAGAAUUUUCUUGUCGAUGUCUUCCCACUGUGGAAAGAAAUCAACAAUUACCUGGCACCCAUGUUUGCCAAUCCAGCUAUUGUCAAAGUCAUGCAUGGCGCCGAUUCGGAUAUUCAAUGGCUUCAGCGCGAUUUUGGAAUUUACGUCGUCAACCUAUUUGAUACCGGACGAGCGGCGAGGGCCUUGGGACUCCCCUCGGCUGGAUUGGCCUUUUGCCUCCAGAAAUAUGCCAAUGUGCAGGCCGACAAGACGCAUCAACUGAGUGAUUGGAGACAACGACCCAUUCCAGAUGCAAUGCGGCAAUACGCCAUUAUGGAUACGCAUUAUCUGCUUGACAUUUACGAUCGCAUCAAGUGGGAUGUGCAGCAAAGCAAGAACACUUCCAUCGAAGAAGUCUUGAACACCAGCCGCAAGGUCUGUCUCGUUCGCUAUACCAAGGAUCCAUUUUAUCCAAGUGGAUACAAGUCGUUGACCAAGCAGCGAUCGGGAGGGAGACAGCAAACCGUUCUGAAUGCUCAGCAGGAACAGGUACUGGAAAAACUUUGGGAUUGGAGAGACCAAACAGGGCGAAAUACGGAUGAAUCCCCUACGUUUAUUGGCUCCAAUGCAGUGUUAAUGCGGAUUGCAUUGUCUUGUCCCACUACGGUCACCGCCUUGCAGGCCUUAUUGAAUCCGAUUCCCCCUCUCAUCCUGCAUUACGCAACUGCUGUUACGCAGAUUGUCCGAAAGGUUCGGACCAACAUGGCGAUUGAUACGAGAAUGGAAGGAAACGAUCUGCGUGGCAAACAGCAACAACCUGCAGUGGGUGCUCCUUCGUCUGCCUUUUUCAAACCAGCAGAGCUCUCGUCGGACGAUCGCAUUCGACGCGCUGGGGUUCUAAGUCCGGUUCUGGGAACCGAGGCUCUCUACAAGCAAGCUGGUUGGAUUACACCAAGCGGUGCGCGUGAAGAAAAUGAGGUUCGUCGCACUCUCAUGAGAAGGUUGGUCGAGGAACAAGAGAUUGAACCCAUGGUGACCACAACAGAGGAAGAAGGAGGAGCAGAAUCCGAUGCUGUAGAUGCUUCUGGAGCUCCAAUGAUGCCAACGAAACCAAAGAAAGGGCUCUCUGUAAAUCGCUCGAACAGAGACUACAAAACACAACAGCAGACGUCUCACAGCCUGGGAAUGGGCAAGGAUUCUGCCGACGGCAAGAAUGCACCAACCGGCAAACCCCGUGCCAGAACAGCGGAUGGAAUUGGCCCUGCUCGUGCCGCACGAGAGCAUUCUCAUUCUCCAGUGCCUCCGUUGACAAUGGAGGAGGAAGUCAAAAAUGCACAACAAACUGCUGCUUUGAUUCGAAGUGGCAUGUCUCAGAAGAAGGAGAUGCUGGGAUUGAUAUCUCCUCCAGAUGAGGAAGACUUGGACGCUGAAGACGAAGCGCCGCGAGCUGCAUCUGGCCCUGGCGCUGAUGAUAACUUUGAUGAGAGCGAGAGAGAUUUGGCCGCCAGUUCAAAGGAAAACGACGAAGAGUUUGUCAUUCCCCGCUCCAUGACGGAGAUUUACAAAAUCAGCAACCGCAAUCGUCGCAACAAGAAAACCGGAUCGCCGACAUCGGAUCGACAAACUUUUCCAACAACUGACGCGGAAAUGGAGCACCUGGCUAAAGCCGAGCAGCUGCUGAAGGAACGUGGUUUGGCGGGAAAGGGUUACUUUGACAGCCCAGGUGGGAGCAAGCGACAAAGAACAAAAUCUGCAGGCACAGAACAAGAUGAUGGUGCUGCCCCUGGAAGUACUGAGAAUGCCUCCACCUUAUCCCGAGAAGAUGACGUUGCCUUUAUGCAGGAUAUUGGUUGGAUAAAGAGCAAAGAAGAUGCAGAUAGGUUGCUGGGUCAAGAUGAGAGCGCACCUCACGGUGAUUCUGGUCCAACAGCUAACCCUGACGCCCAUGCUGCGGACGAAGAUCACGCAGACGAUGAUGCGGUGGGUACUUCGGGUGGCAAAGGCAGCAGAGACUCAAAGACACCCACGUUUGAUUAUAGCUCAGUUGCAGGCGUUGGUACUAUGUCAGGGGCCGCUGUCUCAAACCCAUUCUUUACCGGCGCCGCCAUUGCCGGUGGUCCCUUGACACAUGGAGGUACGAAUUCCAAGUCCGAUCGUAAGAAGUCUGGUUCAGGUAAAGGGGGCAAACAGGGCCGCAACAGGCAAGAACGGCCUGAGAAACGUGAUGGCAAAACGCACGCAUACAGAAAGCGAUAG